CUGCAGGUAGAUUUAGCGAUACCAAGGAUUUAUACUUUUUAGCGUACGUCGGGAGACGCUGUUGUCUUCAUAAAUAAAACCAAACCCUGCUUAACCACGAUGUUAUUGCGCCUAAUUUCGAACCGACCGUGCCGUUUCUUAUAAAUUAGAUAUUUGUUGAAGACAUAUCUAAUGGAAUCAAAAUGCCGAUCAGUGCUGGAAAUGCACAGAGGUGUCUCAGACUCUUGCGGGAAUUCCAGGAUGAUUUAAAAUCAGAGCCGAUCUCAGUACAGGAGGACGUUAACCGGAGCGCACAUGCCCUGGAACUGUUUCUUAAUGGAAUUGAUUCAGGUGGUAGUCCAGAAAAAAAUGACGACCUAAAAUCUCCACAUCGGAGGGACACGGAAUUAAUACAAGUUAUAGUAUUUACGAACCCUCCUCCAUCUAUGCAAGAAUUGGGAAUAUCGUUAAAAGCAGAUAGAAGCCUACAGAAUUACACAUUCUUGAAGAAUAAACCACUUGUCGGAAAUAUUAAAAUAAAAAGUGUGACACCAGAGAGUGUUGCCUCUUUCACCGGAAAACUGCAAACAAAUGAUGAAAUUUUACAGAUAAAUGAAAAAAUAUUAGAAAGGUGUUCUCUUGAAAGAACCAAAUUUUUAUUGGAAAGUGCUCUUCGUUCUGGUAAACUUUGUCUUACAGUGCUUAGAAAAAGUAAGCGAAAGGCUCCACUGCCACCACAAGUGUCUGUUGAAUCCAGUGACUUGGUAGAGAAAAGGGACAUUCAAAAUUGGAUUGAGAAGAAUGUUGUUGGCGGAAAAAUUGUGAUGGACUGGGGUCAGGAUGAAAAUUCUGACCAGAACAACAGUGAACAUUUCCUAUCACCAUACGGAACUAGUUACGGAGGAAUUGAUAAAAAUAUGUUUGAACGUAAUCAGGAAAAGCGCUUGUCCGGAACAAAGCGGAGACGAGAUCUGCUGGGAAAUGCGGAAGAUAUGGAGAAUAUGAUGGAGCAGCAACUUUCGGAUGUACCACCAACAAAAACUGUAAAGGUUGAUGGAACAUUACCACCACAAUCACCUCACAAAAUCUCUAGGAAUGAUUCAAUAUUAUCUAAUGCAGCGCAGCAAGCAAAGAAAAAGAAACGGGAAGUAGUUAAGAUGCAUUUGGUUAAGGAUGAAGGAGGACUUGGAAUACAGAUUGCUGGGGGUAAAGGUUCAAGAAAGGGGGAUGUUGGGAUAUUUGUUGCUGGAGUUGAAAAGGACAAGGCUGCUGAAAGGGAUGGAAGACUUCAGAAAGGUGAUGAGAUUCUGAUGAUCAAUGGACAUAAUCUGAUGUGUGUGACGCACAAUGAGGUCGUAGAAAUCCUGCGAAAUGCUAGUAAUGUUGUCCAGCUUGUCGUUGCACGCAAGGUUAAGAACAAGCUGAAGCGUUCGCCAUCAAGUUCAUCAGACACGUCAGAAAACAGCUCCUGUGUUAGUGUCUUAAGCUCAUCAAUACGAUCUCAGAACUACUUUGUAACAAAAGAGAACUCAGCAGACGAAGCAGAAAAAGAAUUAUCCUCACCGUCUCAACCCGUAUCGGCAUCAGGUGAUAAGAAACAAUCGGUGCCUUGGGUGACCCAGCAGAUUUCACUGAUCAAAGGAGGUCUUGGCAAGGGACUCGGCUUUACUAUAUAUUCAUCUCAAGAACCGGAUUCUUCCACCAAAAGUAUCUUUGUGAAAACAAUCUUCCCAACCGGAGCAGCAGCGGUCGAUGGAAGACUGAAAGAAGGUGAUGAGAUUUUAGAAGUUAAUGGGCAGUCAUUUCAAGGACUAAAUCACAAGCAAGCACUUGGCAGGUUCAAGCAAACGAAAAAAGGGGUUGUAAAUAUAACAGUUAGAAGUAAGCUGUCCACAGGGCCAUCACAGGCCACCAGUAGCCCAAGCUCAUCUAGUCCCAAGCUGUGGCCAUUUCGAAGGAAAAUGAGAGAUAUUGUUUGGUCAAGUAAAGAAGGCAAGCAAGAAGUAGGCUUAGAACACAGAGGUAGUAAUGAAAUUGAAGAAACCAUCACAUCAGAAAAUGUAAAUGAAACAUUGGCAUCCCCUAUCAACACACCAAACAGUACCCCCAACAACUCACCUUGCCGAACCCCCAGAGAAGCUAAGAUUACCCAUCGUGUCACUCUAGAAAAGGUUGGAAAUAGCCUUGGUAUUGGUGUCGUCUGUCUGCAACUUCCAGGCUCAGACCAGCGCCGAAUCUACGUCCAGCACCUUGCCCCCACUUCUCAAGCAAGGGUGGAAGAGAAACUCUGGUAUGGGGAUGAGGUCUUGAAGGUGAAUGGACAAAGCCUCAUAAAUGUUGACCUACAUGAAGCCCAGAGGAUUCUCAGCGCCCUGGACGAAGGAGAAGUGGUUAUAGAGAUUGCCCGAUAUCCUAACCCAAUUGAUUCAUCUCUUGAGAUGGAGAAAGCUAUUGCUGUGCCCUCACCUGCACCACAACCAACAAGCCAUCCAUUGUAUGCUGUCCCUAUGAAAGGGUUUAAAAGUGACACCCCUCCAACAUUACCAGCAAGGAAUUCUGUCCCACAAGUCGUAAAUUCACCUUCAUCAAGAAUGAAACAGGCAACAGAUGUGAACAGUUUAACAGGGAAACCAUUGUCUCCAGUUUCAGCAUAUGGUUAUCAAACUUUACCUGCGCUUAUUAAACCAAUACUUAGUAAACAUGUGCAUUGGUCACAAGUGGAUGAAUUGAUUCCAUUUAAGCGUUUUUCUGCAGAAGAUUCUGCUCACAGUAGUGAAGACUCUAACUUGAAGGCGAUGGUCUCACCAGAUAAAUGUAAUCUACAACCUAUCAUUGAUGACAAUGAUGCAGUUUUAGGAAGCUCACCAAGAAAUAGAGUGAAAAAACAGUCAAGGAAUAUACAGAGCAAACAUAGUUCUGAUCUCAUUGAGGAAAAAGCACAAAUGAUAGCUGCUGAACCUCUGUAUUCGGAGAUAAUGGAGAUACCAAACAGGUCUGCAAAUGUACAUGAAAAUGCAGAAAAUGGGACAGUCUCUGUCACAUGCAAUGAUAAUCGAGUUCAAAAAAUUUCAAGUGAAAAACCAGACUUAGUCUCUCAGUAUGAAGCUGUCUUAGAGGCAUAUGAAGAAGCAAUGAAAUCUGAAGAAGUAAAUGAUGAAUUUACUAAAUUUGAUCAGUCUGAGAACUCUGUAAAUUCCUUUUACCAUCUUGACAGAGACUCAGUAAAGGUUGUAGAAAUCCAAAGGAAUCAUGGUGAGCGCCUUGGAAUGGGAAUUGACAUUCAGGGCUCGUCAAGCUCACCAACACAUGUUACUGAGGUUUUUGUCCAGGUUAUCCACAAGGAAGGCCCAGUAGCACGUGCUAACAAUGGUGGAGCAACACAGAAGGUACUUGAAGGUGACAAGAUUCUUGAGAUUAAUGGCAAAAGUCUUGAAGGAUUAUCAUAUUCUGAUGUUGUCUCAGUAUUUAAUAGGCUGCCUGAAAAAUUCAACCUUAUUCUCUCUAAGAAUGGAAGGAAAGUUUCAGAUCAUAGCACAGCAAAAGAGUCUGUUUUCUGGAGUAAAAUAGAAGGCAUAAAAAAUGAACUUGCUUUAAAUGCAAAAAACAAAAGCAGCAAUGGUUUUGAAUUCAAAUUCUGGAAAUCAAUUGAAAAUCAUGGAAAAGCAUUAUCAAGUUUGCGUGACUUGAUCAGCAUGAAGAACAAACCGAAACCUAAGCAUCUUCCAAAAGAAGAUCUCUCCAUUCCGGACAUUGAUCCAAUUGAUGAUGAUAUUGGAGAAAUGUUAAUGCUAGAAACUGAACCCACUGAUACUGAACAAAAUUCUGAUACAGAGAGUCAGCAAGAAGUAUCCAUACAAGAGUGUUCACCAUUGCUCUGUCAGGCAAACCAUCAGAAUGGAGUGCUGUCUACAACAGAAUCUGAUGAUCUUGUGAACUCCAAUUUGCAAGAAUUGAAUAAUGGUCUUCAUGUUACAUUAGUUGAUAUGAGUGACAAUGAUCCUCCUGUGACAGACAUUGAUGAUCUUUUGACACCCGAAAGCAGUCUAGAUAAUAGUCUUGAAACCACAAUAGAAGAUUUACCUCACAGUACUGACCUAGACCAAGAUGGAAAUCAUAAAGGAGAUCAUUUGCCUUUAAAGGAACCAAAACAUUCUAAUCAACAUGAUAUAAAUACAUUAUGCACUAUGGAUGCAGACAAAGUAAAUGGCCAAUCAAAUGAUGUCUCUUACCAGAGCAAUCAAGACUGUGAGGUUUUACAGAGUGUUGUUGAUAACAUAUUUGCUUCAGUUUUAGAAGAUUCCACUGAGAGUAACAAUGAACAUCUGCAGUCGGAUGGUAGUGACUUUGGAGAUGAUUUCAUUACAGACUCCUCAGACUACCCAAGUUUAGAAGGAACAUCUGGUGAAGUAAUUAGACCUCCAACAGGCUUCAGUGAUAACUCAUUAUUGAUGUAUUCUGGUGAAUAUGAAGACCACUCAUCAAUAACUGAUGAAUCUGUUAGUGCAUCACCAAGGAAUAUAAAAGAAAUAGGACAUAGGUUAGAAUCUACUUCCGCAAAUAUUAAGUCUUCCAACAUUACAAAGUCUGACUUAGAUUCAAAAGCUCCUUUAGAGGAGGUUAUUGAAGCGACUUGUUUGCCAACUGUGGAAUGUGAAUUAGAUAUCAAACCAGAUUCAUCACUUGCCUACAAUAUUCACCCAAAAAUACAGCAAAAGGCUAAUCUUGACAUUGAAGCCAAAAUGCUAUUGCUUUCUAAAUUAAAAGCUGUAUCUUUUGAUGAACAACAAAACUCAAAUGUGAAGUCAUCCCCAAGACAAGGUGUUCAUGAAAUUAUUGAAUCAGUUAAUGUGUUAAAAGAAGUAGUUAAAAAUGAGGAAUCAUCAGAUCUUCAGAAAAGAUUUGCUGACCUUGAUAGACCUGGUUCUCCUGUUUUCCAGAGGCCUGUAAUACCAGUAAAACCAGUUCAUCUCAGGAGAGCGCAGUCACAAACAGCAGCAGAUGUGAUUUCUUCUAAGAACCUCUUUGAGCACAGUAAAAGGUUUCCCCUGAAGAAGACCCCAACUUUCAAUGAACAUUUCGAUAAAAAGUUUACAGCUGAUGAGAUUAAAUGUGCAAGGAAAGGUGGAGUUCAAGAUCGAGCUGCCCUUUUUGGAAGUGUUGUCAAGAAGAAACAUUCAUUUUCAAAAACAAUUUUAAAAGAACAAAAAGAGACAGAUGUCAAAGAAGAUAAUAUAGAAGAAUGUAAAUAUGUCCCAGUAGCUGUUAAAAUGGAACCUGUCUUUCAAUGUAAAAAAGAACCCAGUUUGUCUAACAACCAAUUAGAAGUUACACCAAUUGCUGGGGAUGUAGAGACCAUAGAGCAAAAAAUAGAGAAAAGCAUUGAUACAGAAGCUUCACCUCCAAGAUGUUCAUCAACACCACUGUCAUUAUCGCCAUCAUCUCCAUCAAUACCAUUAUCAACAUCAACCCCAUCAGUUCCAUCAUCUCCUUCAUCAGAAAAUGUGUCAACACCAUCUCCUUCAUUGUUGUCACCAGUCUUAAGUAAGUGUGACGAUGUAGAUCAUGAUGAAGUAAAUGAAAAUACCAAGCAAGUUUCUAAAACUGAAGAUAAUGAAAUAAAGAAUGUAAAUAUAUCAGCUACAAAAGACCUCCCAAGCAAUAAGGAACAUUCACCCAAAAGUACAAAGAGUAGUAAAGUUGAAAAGGGAAAUAAAGGACAACCUAUGAAAUUAGCAGUACCUAAAAAAAUGUCGACAGUGAUUGAUGCAAGUAAGUCAAAUAAGCUUUCUAGAUCUUCAGAACCAAAAAAGACUCCAUCGUCAACAACAUCAUUAAUACCAAUAUCCAAUAAUUCAAAGUUGUAUGGCAGAAGAUUUAAUUGGAGUUCCAACUCUAAGACAGAUUCUUUGAAUAAGGAUGAAAAACACCAGACUGUUAGUUGUGCCAAGCAAUCCUCCCAGAGCCAAGCAGCAUCAAGGCUGCAGGAAUCCAAAAACAAAUCUCCUCAGUUGUCUCCAAAAAAGAAGAUAGAACAGGAGAGAUUAAAGAAUCGUGAACCACUCCCAAAAAAACUAAUAAAUACUACAAAAACGGAUGUAUCACCUAAAACUAAGAGGAGAACUUAUCAAAGAGAUGAAGAUAAAACAUCUCCGAAACGACUUCCAGCUGCCAAAUCCAAAGACACAGAUACAAAGGUAAAAGGAAAGAUGAGUUCUGUUGGACAACAGAAACGCAAAGAUGGCAUUUCAUAUAAGGACCAAAGUACAUCACCUAGAAAGACAAAUACUACAAGAAAAGACCUUUCUAAAGUUGUAGAAAAGACUUCUCCAUUGAGAAAGAAAUCAGACACCGCAAAUCCAAAGACCACCAAAUCUGACAAAGAAGUGGUGAAGGAGCCUGUAGCAGUUCAUGGCAAGAAUGUCAUAAAGAAGGAAGCAUUUUCAAAAGAACCAACACCACAAACAAAAGAAGACCAUUUGACCAGUCCUGACACCAUACCUAAGGUCAUGACAUAUGAUCAAACAGACUUUCCUAGUCGUCUGUUUUCUCAAGAUUAUGAAGAUGAUCCUUACGAAGGUGUCUUGGAUGUUCAGUUGUUUGAGUUAUAG